GACUGGUUGUAUUGCUAGCUUACAUAUAUAUAAGUGUUUAUUUAGGAUUUGCUUGAUAAUAAUUUGAGUUACGGAAGUGAGAACUUGUGUGGAAAGAUGUUGGGUAUUAUAAUUGGUAUAAUUGUCCUUGUUAUAAUAUACAAAAUAUGGUCAUCGCAAAAUACCGAGCCUCCACAAAUCCCUCGGUUAGACCCUGACGAAUGGUGGGGGCCUAAUGAAGCUAGAGGGAAAGAGGACAAGAGCGUGAGGCCUUUCCAAGUACAAUUUACUGAUGAGAUGAUAAAUGAUUUAAAAAAUCGUCUGAAGAACCGUCGCAAGUUCACUCCGGCGCUAGAGGGCGUUGGCUUCGAAUAUGGUUUCAAUACGAAGACGAUAGACGGCUGGCUGGACUACUGGGCUGAGGAGUAUCCUUUCAAAGAACGGGAGGCAUUCUUUAACAAAUACCCGCACUACAAGACAAACAUCCAGGGCCUGGAUAUACACUUCAUUAGGGUUACACCACAGGUCCCUUCAAAUGUGGAGAUAGUACCUUUGCUAAUAAUGCACGGCUGGCCGGGCUCCGUGCGGGAGUUCUACGAGGCUAUACCGUUGCUCACACAACGAGCUCCAGGCUACAACUUUGCUUUCGAAGUCAUAGCCCCUAGCUUACCUGGAUAUGGAUUCUCUGAUGCGGCUGUUCGUCCCGGACUCGCGACGCCACAGAUAGCUGUAGUCUUCAAGAAUUUGAUGAACAGACUUGGCUAUGAAAAGUUCUACGUCCAAGGUGGUGAUUGGGGCUCCUCUAUCGGCACAGCGAUGGUCACACUGUUUCCCGACGUUGUCCUCGGUUACCACACUAACAUGGCUAACACACAAAAUGGAAAAUCAACGUUUAAAACUAUUUUGGGAGCGUACUUCCCGUCAUUGGUGGUAGAGAAGCAUCUAGCAAGCCGCAUGUAUCCUCUGUCUUCGUUCUUCGCGUAUAUGAUAGAAGAGUUCGGUUACUUCCAUCUGCAGGCAACUAAACCUGAUACAAUUGGUGUUGGUCUAACAGACUCUCCAUCCGGUCUUCUGGCGUACAUCCUUGAGAAGUUCUUCUUGUGGACGCGUCGUGAACACCGUAACAAAGUCGAAGGUGGCCUUGGGUUCCGGUUCACAAGGGAGCAGCUCAUCGAUUGCCUCAUGGUCUACUGGACUACUGGCUGUAUUACUACAUCCAUGAGACUGUACGCCGAAGACUUAAGCAAGAAGAAUCGAGAUCUGGCAUUAGAUCAAUUUACAACACCGGUGCCAACAUGGGCGUUCCAAGCGAAAAACGAAGUAAUGUACCAACCUCCCAGCAUUCUGAAGACGAAAUUCGUCAACCUUCUGGGGACCACAGUUUUAGAAGACGGCGGACAUUUCCUCGCGUUUGAACUGCCUCAGAUAUUUGCAGAUGAUGUUUUCAAAGCUGUAGACGCGUUUAGAAACUGGCGCAAAUAAAGAUCGUAAUAUUUAUUUGUAAAUUAAGGAAUUUAGAAAUAUAGUUUUAUAACAAA